GAGUUCCUAACCUCAAUCAUUCUCGCAUUUUUGCACCCAAAAAAACCGUAACAGACGUAUAUAUUUAUAGCAUGGUUUUCAAAACAGCUAUCAAUUUCAUAAGAGCCCGAGGUCCAGAUGAAAUUUGGCGAAAACGCAGAAUUUUCAAAUUAGCCGCCGGUUUCCAAGGCAGAAAACGAAGCUGUUAUAGUAUCGCUGUAAGGUAUGUCCACAGGGCUUUAGUCUAUGCAACCAAAGGCAGGAAAUUGAAGAAAAUUGACAUGGCUAAUUUGUGGGAAACUAGAAUAACUGCUGGAUGUGCAGAACACAAUUUAGAAUAUCCCAACUUUAGGGAAGGCUUGAGCAAAGCCAAUGUGUUGUUGAACAGAAAGACACUGGCUGAUCUGGCAUGUUUCGAGCCUUAUUCUUUUAAAGCACUCACAGAGAUUGCAAAGCAGGCUUCCCAAGAUGGUUUGGCGGGUAUUUCAAAGUCUAACACUCCCAGUGGAGUUAUAACUAGGAGUAAUAUUAAGUAAAAUUGUUAGUUUAGUAUUUUUGUUGAAUAUAUUGUAGAAAUGUUUA